CCCCACUGUCCCGCACACCAAUGGCGCGGCGGCCGCCGGCCUCUUGGUUCCCGUCGAUUGGUGUCUCUGGCCGCUGCGCUCCACCCCAGCCCGCCAUGGCGUCAGGCGCCGCAGCCCCGGGGAGGUGGCUCCCACUUUAAGAAGUGAAGUUUUGCACCCCUCCCCCUCCCUGCCCACCUCCUGCAGCCUCCUGCGCCCCGCCGAGCUGGCGGAUGGAGCUGCGCAGCGGGAGCGUGGGCAGCCAGGCGGUGGCGCGGAGGAUGGAUGGGGACAGCCGAGAUGGCGGCGGCGGCAAGGACGCCACCGGGUCGGAGGACUACGAGAACCUGCCGACUAGCGCCUCCGUGUCCACCCACAUGACAGCAGGAGCGAUGGCCGGGAUCCUGGAGCACUCGGUCAUGUACCCGGUGGACUCGGUGAAGACACGAAUGCAGAGUUUGAGUCCAGAUCCCAAAGCCCGGUACACAAGUAUCUACGGAGCCCUCAAGAAAAUCAUGCGGACCGAAGGCUUCUGGAGGCCCUUGCGAGGCGUCAACGUCAUGAUCAUGGGUGCAGGGCCGGCCCAUGCCAUGUAUUUUGCCUGCUAUGAAAACAUGAAAAGGACUUUAAAUGACGUUUUCCACCACCAAGGAAACAGCCACCUAGCCAACGGUAUUUUGAAAGCGUUUGUCUGGAGUUAGAAAGUUCUCUUCUUCAACACGUCCCUCCCCAGGGUGUUCCUCCCUGUGACCCAGCCGCCUCGACUUCGGCCCGCUUGCUCACGAAUAAAGAACUCAGAGUUGUGUGUGCAAUGCACACCCAGACACACGCACACACAUGCGCGCGCACACACAUGCUUUUUUCUGUUCCCCUCCGCUUUCUGAAGCCUGGGGAGAAAUCAGUGACAGAGGUGUUUUGGUUUUAUUGUUAUGUGGGUUUUCUUUUCUAUUUUUUUUUUGUUUUGUUUUUAAACAUUCAAAAGCAAUUAAUGAUCAGACAUAGGAGAAACCCUGAAUAGAAACAAAACUUUUGAAUGCUGGAUUCAAAAAAAAAAAAAGUUAUCUGGACAGCUUCUUUGAGACUAUUUAAAAACUGGUACAACAGGUCUCUACAACGCCAAGAUCUAACUAAGCUUUAAAAGGGAUAGCUGGGAGUAUGGCCACCCUGCUCCACGAUGCGGUAAUGAAUCCAGCAGAAGUGGUGAAGCAGCGCUUGCAGAUGUACAACUCGCAGCACCGGUCAGCAAUCAGCUGCAUCCGGACGGUGUGGAGGACCGAGGGGUUGGGGGCCUUCUACCGGAGCUACACCACGCAGCUGACCAUGAACAUCCCCUUCCAGUCCAUCCACUUCAUCACCUACGAGUUCCUGCAGGAGCAGGUCAACCCCCACCGGACCUACAACCCGCAGUCCCACAUCAUCUCAGGCGGGCUGGCCGGGGCCCUCGCCGCGGCCGCCACGACCCCCCUGGACGUCUGUAAGACCCUUCUCAACACUCAGGAGAACGUGGCCCUCUCGCUGGCCAACAUCAGCGGCCGGCUGUCGGGUAUGGCCAAUGCCUUCCGGACGGUGUACCAGCUCAACGGCCUGGCCGGCUACUUCAAAGGCAUCCAGGCGCGUGUCAUCUACCAGAUGCCCUCCACCGCCAUUUCUUGGUCUGUCUAUGAGUUCUUCAAGUACUUCCUCACCAAGCGCCAGCUGGAAAAUCGAGCUCCAUACUAAAGGAAGGGAUCAUAGAAUCUUAAAGUCAUUCUCUGCCUGCAUCCAGCCCCUUGCCCUCUCCUCACACCUAGAUCAUUUUUUUUUUUUUUUUUUUUUUGCAGGGUGCUGCCUAUGGGCCCUCUGCUCCCCAAUGCCUUAGAGAGAGGAGGGGACAGCACGGCCGCUCACCGGAAGGCUGUGUGCAGGGACAUCCGAGGUGGUGGUGGACAGGAAAGACUUGGGAAGGGGAGUGAGAAAUUGCUUUUUCUCUUCCUCCCUGGGCAGAAUGUAGCUUUUCUGCUUCACUGUGGCAGCCUCCUCCCUGGAUCCUUAGAUCCCAGAGGAGGGAAGAAAAUUUACAGUGACUGAAAACAGUAAAAAAAAAAAAAAAAAAAAAUUAUGUAUAUAAAAGUUCCAUUACACAGUACAAAAUAGAUGGAUAAUGUUUAUCCUUUAUUUUUCUAUGUAGAAGUUUUUGAAUUUGUGUGUGUGCUUGUGCGUGUCUACACCUAGUAUUACGGCUGGGACUCUCCAGCUGUUUUUGUUGUUGUUAUGUUUUUAAAUAAGAGGGUUGAAUUCUUCCAUCAGGUGAACGAAAAAGGCACCAAAGUAAUAAAUCAGUGAAUGUGGCCUGCAGCUGUGUUUAGCCCCUCCAGAUGGAAGUUUCACUUGAAUGUAAAAUAAUAAAGUUUAUAUUUUGAA